UUCUCCUCCCUUCUAUUUACCAUAGAGACUGUACAAACAAUCUGUUCAUAUACUUCAUGAAGGCAAAAUCACCUACACCAUCGCCAUUGACAACAAUUAAGAGCAACAACAACAACAACAACCCCAUUAUGUCCGAGCUAAAAAAAAGCUUAUUUUCACCAAAAACUUUCAAGACUCCAUAUUUUAGAACUCAACGUUUAAUGACAUUAGCUUUUGGUAUUACAUUCUUGUUUUUUACUUGUGUGGUCUUCUUUGUAUUUAACAAUCCUUCACUUAAUAACCGCUCCUCUAUUUGGUUCAAGAAAAUCUUGGAGAAAAGAUCACAUUUUUACACCUUUUUUGAAAACACUCAUGUUCACUCACCCCAAUUUUCAAGAAAAAUUAAUGGGGUGAAUUUGAAUUAUUCUUCUGUUUCCCAAAAUGGAUUGUCAAGUUCAGUUGCUAAAACCAAUAACACUGAAAAUGGUGAAAAGGGUUUUAAUAAUGAUGAAAAUGAAGGUACUUCCAAAGAAAAAGAAGUGAAACAGAAGCAAAGAUUGAAUUUUUCAUCAAAUUAUAUGAAAAAUGGAGAUGGGAUUAGUAAAGAUAGUGGAAAAUUAAAUGGAAAUGAAAAAAUUGAGUCUUGGUGGGAAAAAAUGAGUCAUUGUGAUAUUUUUAAUGGGAAAUGGAUGAAAGAUGAAGCUGGCCCUUUAUAUGAACAUGGUUCAUGUCCUCAUAUAGAUGAACCAUUUGAUUGUUAUAAAAAUGGAAGGCCUGAUAAUGGAUAUAUGAAGUUCAGGUGGCAGCCUAAGCACUGUAAUAUUCCAAGGUUGAAUGCCAAAGAGAUGUUAGAACUGUUGAGAGGUAAAAGACUAGUUUAUGUUGGUGAUUCUUUGAACAGAAAUAUGUGGGAAUCAAUGGUAUGUUUGCUUAGAAACUCUCUUGAAGACAAGAGCAGAGUUUUUGAGGCCUCUGGUAGACAUGAUUUCAAGAAAGAGGGUGCUUAUUCUUUUAUAUUCAUGGACUACAAUUGUUCAGUGGAGUUUGUUCGUUCUCCGUUUCUAGUUCAAGAAUGGGAAGUACCGGAUAAGAACGGAUCAAAGAAAGAAACACUCAGACUUGAUCUUAUUGAAAUGUCAUUGGACAAAUACAAAGGCGCUGACAUCCUUGUAUUUAACACGGGGCACUGGUGGACUCACGAGAAAACAUCUGCAGGGAAAGGUUACUAUCAAGAAGGUAGCCAUGUUUAUAGUGAAUUAAAUGUAGUCGAGGCAUUUCGAAAGGCAAUGACAACAUGGUCAAGAUGGAUCGAGGCUAAUGUUGAUCCAAUCAAGACUCAAGUGUUCUUCAGAGGAUAUUCAGUCUCUCAUUUUAGUGGAGGGGAGUGGUAUUCUGGUGGAAAAUGUGACGGCGAUACUGAGCCAUUAGACGAUGAGAAAGACUUAUCGCCUUCUCUUUAUCCUCCAACAACGGGGAUGUUAGAGAAUGUGAUCAGGUGGAUGAAUGCGCCGGUUUACUAUUUGAAUAUUACUAGAAUGACGGAUUUUCGCAAGGAUGGACAUCCAUCAGUGUACAGGAAGCCAAACAUGACGGACGAGGAGAGGAGGUCGACGUUGAGGUACCAAGAUUGCAGCCAUUGGUGCCUUCCCGGUGUACCAGAUACCUGGAAUGAGCUUUUAUAUGCUCAACUUCUGAUGAAACAUCAUCAGAAACAACAACAAAAGCAGCAGAUUGGUUCCUAGUUGAAAAUAGCUCUAUUAAUUUGCCUCGUGCGGAAGUAUUUCCUCUAUCAUAGAAGGUGUGAAGUAGGCGGGUUACGUGGACCGUCUACGUCAAGUCUUCCAACUUCUAAGGGAGAACGAAGUUUACAUCAAGAAAGAGAAGAAGUCCGGAUUCUAAUGAGCUCCUUUUCGGUGAACUAUUAAUGAAGCAUUAUUAGACACAUAACUAGCAACAACAGCAGCACAUAGGUUCUUAGGCACACCGCGGUAGUGUAAAGGGAAUCCCGUACACAAAUAUCGCUCUAUGCAUGGGAUCCGCAGAAGG